AUGGCUGUAGCUCCUCCGAGUUACUGUUUUGUGGCCUUCCCACCGCGUGCCAAGGACGGUCUGGUGGUAUUUGGGAAAAACUCAGCCCGGCCCAGGGAUGAAGUCCAGGAGGUUGUGUAUUUCUCUGCUGCUGAUCAUGGACCAGAGAGCAAGGUUGAGUGCACAUAUAUUUCAGUCGAUCAAGUUCCAAGGACCCAUGCUAUCGUGAUAAGCAAACCUGCCUGGCUUUGGGGGGCAGAAAUGGGCGCCAAUGAACAUGGAGUGUGCAUCGCCAAUGAAGCCAUCAACACCAGAGAACCUGCUGCUGAGACUGAAGCCUUACUGGGGAUGGAUCUGGUCAGGCUUGGCUUAGAAAGAGGAACAACAGCAAAGGAAGCCCUAGAUGUGAUUGUGUCCUUGUUGGACGAACAUGGACAAGGUGGAAAUUAUUAUGAAGAUGCAGACUCCUGCCAUAGUUUCCAAAGUGCAUAUCUGAUUGUGGAUCGGGAAGAAGCCUGGGUUCUCGAGACCGUAGGGAAGUACUGGGCAGCCGAGAGGAUCACAGAGGGAGCAAAGUGCAUUUGUAAUCAGCUUUCACUCACCACGAAGAUUGAUGCAGAGCAUCCUGAACUCAGGAAUUAUGCUCAGAAUCAAGGCUGGUGGACAGGAGAAGAUGAGUUCAACUUUUCCAGUGUGUUUUCUAUAGCUGAUGAUCAGCUAGACUGCUGUGCAGGCAAAGACAGCUUAGAAAAACAAGAAGAAAUCAUCAAUGUGCAAACUAUGAUUGACAUCCUGCGGGACAAAGCCAGUGGAGUCUGUAUAGACUCAGAGUCUUUCCUCACCACAGCCAGCACCGUGUCUGUGCUGCCUCAAAAUAGAAGCUCACCAUGCAUCCACUACUUCACUGGGACCCCAGAUCCAUCCAGGUCCAUAUUCAAGCCUUUCAUCUUUGUGGAUGAUGUAAAACUUGUCCCCAAGGCCCAGUCCCCCUGUUUUGGGGAUGAUGACCCUGCCAAGAAGGAGCCCCGGUUCCAGGAGAAACCAGAUCGCAGGCAUGAGCUGUACAAGGCCCAUGAGUGGGCUCGUGCUGUUCUGGAAAGUGACCAGGAGCAGGGGCACAAGCUGAGGAACACCAUGCUGGAACUAGAGAAACAAGGCCUGGAAGCUAUGGAAGAGAUCCUGGUUGGCUCGGACCGCCUGGACCCUGCUGAAGUAGGGGACCUUUUCUAUGAUUGCGUUGACACGGAGAUCAAGUUCUUUAAGUGAAGUAAGCAUUCUUUCUCCCCUUCUUACUUAAAACUUCCCAUCUUA